AUCCUCUUAGCUUGACAAUAACAACAGAUUCGAUCCAAAAAUCCACGAAAACCAGACUCAGGUGCUGCUACAGAAAACCAGAAACACAACGUCUUUUCAAACAUGAGUUACUAUGAUACUCAAAUUAUCGUGGGGAUUGUAUACACUGUUGUGAGCGCCCUAGCUGCUGUCGCGGGCUCUGUGUUCUUCAUUCUCCUUCUUCGAAAGACAUCAAAAAGCUAUCAUGACCCCACUCGCCGAUGGGUGGCUAUCACCAAAGCUGCCCUGGGGCUCUGGCUAUUGUAAGCACCACAACUCCAUCUGUUUGAGGGCGACUAACAUCAACAUCGUCUCCAGUUCCGAAUUCUUCUACGUCAUUCUCAACAUUAUCUCCCUCGCAUUCGGAAGCACAUAUGCAUACGACUCCACAUUGGCCAAGUUUAUCUCAUACACCUCGUCCAUCCUCUCUUGGUUCUUCGACGUCAGCCAGGCUUUGACUUUCCUGGCACUCUUCUACCUCGCACGCGCAUUCACCCUCCUCCGCGUCGACGAGACGUCAAAACGCUUCCGGAUAGGGAAGACAUUCUCUCUCGGCGCCGUCAUCUUGAUCUCAGUGCUCAGCUUCACGGCAAUGUGCCUGUGGAUGAGUACCAGAGAUGGUUACUAUUCUUGGAGCUAUGAUAGCAGUGAUUACGAGAGGGUGAUGACGAGAAGACUGGUGGCUCAGAUUUUCGAUCUCAUUUGUGGCAUCUUCAACCUCUUAUGCGCUAUCGGUGCCAUCACGUACAUUGCCCUGGUCCGCAAGAACGCCCUCAAGGAUCCUCUGCACAAGGCCUCGAACCUCGCGCUCGCAAUCAGCAUCAUUUGGCUCAUCCGUGCAGUCUGGUCGCUCUUUGCUCAGCUUUCCUCAAGAUACGGAUACUCCUACUACAACUACGACACUUACACUUGGUUCAACAUUGUCUCACUGGUCGUCGGUAUCUUGGGCAGCUUCGCUGUUUUCAUCAUGCUCUACUUCCUGGCCACUCAGGAUAAGUACGGCCUCAAUACGCGAGGGGAACUGGUGCAGCCCGCGAAGCUCAAUGAUGAAGAGGCAUCGGGCGCCCAUAUUACCACUGCCAACAGCGUAUAUUGAUUUGGUCGAGACCAAUCGGGGGGUCAGCAACAAGCGAGAGGUUUAUCCGAAGAUCCGUUCUUGCGGGUAGAGCCUAGAGGGCGUGAUAGUUACGCCUGGGUUGGUUGGGAAUUGGGGACGAGCGAGGAACAGCAUGAUACCAGAUAAUGCGUGAUGAUACUCAUUACUUCUAACUUACGAAUACACGACAUCUACCUCCAUCCACUUUGAU